AUGUUACGAGAACGUACUGACAAACCAGUGGUUGGAAUUAUGCAAUCUAGUCCGAUUCACGCAACACUUCUAAGAAAUCGAUUCGAAAAUGUAACAACAAAUAAAGAAUGGGAAUUAUUGUUGAAUAGAAGUAUUCACAACAUGGCAUUGGAUCACCGAUGCGGAGGAAUCAAAGCGAUUAACAUUUCACCCGUUAGUUUAGAACUUGCUGGACAAGAUGUUAUCAAUGUGGCAAUGAGUGAAGCAGCCAGUGAAUUUGUGAAGAACAACGGAUGUGAUGUUGUCAUAUUGGGAUGUGCAGGAAUGAGCGGAUUGAAGAAAAAGAUGCAACAGACGUUUCUUACUAUGGGAUUGAAAGCUUCGAUUAUUGAUCCAGUUAUUGCUGAAUAUGAAGUUCUAUCAGGAUUGGUAACUGCGCAAAAAACCUAA